GUGCAAUUUUCAUCCAAAGGAAGGCGUUCCUCCUAGUUCAUAUUAGAAGAGCUGAUAUUACUGUUGAACCCGAAAGAUUCACUGAGACAGUUAUAUGAUAAUAAAAUAAAGCAUAUUUUGUGACAAAAUGCUUUGUGAAUCAAUGUGCGUUAGCUCCAAUCAUUCAUUGUAUCGGGUGUCGUGUCGCAGCAGUGAGUUGGGUCACGUACUUCACGUAGCGGCUGAUUCAAUCGGAAGUGAACGUGUCUUUGCGUGUUAUUUGUUUGAACUACGCAUUACACAAAUACGUGUAAGCAGCAGUGCGAAGAAGACCCUUUGUGCCGAACUCGGUUCAAUGACAAUGACAUCUUUCAUUCUGUUGGCUGUUUUACUCACUAGCGUUCACGUGACGACAGCUGGAUCCGCUGCUCACAGGUGCUUCUGUCAGGUCACUGGUGAUCUUGAUGAUUGUGCUUGUGAUGUUGAGACCAUCGACAGUUUCAACAACAAAGAAAUCUUUCCCAAACUACAGAAACUACUAUCAUCUGAUUAUUUCCGGUUUUACCAGUCUGCUCCUCAGGUCAAUCUGAACAACCCCUGUCCGUUCUGGACAGACCACAGCCAGUGUGGACUCAAAUACUGUGCUGUGAAACCGUGUACACCGAGUGAAGUACCAGAGGGCCUUAAAUCCAGCAGUUAUAAGUAUUCAGAAGCUGCUAGUCAGGAUAUAGAGAAAUGUGAGAAGGCAGAAAAACUUGGAGCUGUCAACAGUUCUCUAAGUGAUGAGACACUUCAGGCUCUUCAAGAGUGGAAGAAACACGAUGAUGAAUCAGAUCGUUUCUGCAUGUUGGAUGAUGAGGACUCACCUGAAUCAAAGUAUGUUGAUCUCCUGCUUAACCCUGAGCGUUUCACCGGCUAUAAAGGACCAGAGGCCUGGCGGAUCUGGAACAGCAUAUAUGAGGAGAACUGCUUCAAACCGUAUUCAGUUAAGCGACCGCUGAAUCCUUUGGUGUCCUACAGUGGAGAUGAUGGUCAGGGGUUCCAUCGCUGGCUGGAGGGCUUGUGUGUGGAGAAACGAGCUUUCUUCAGGCUGAUCUCAGGACUGCAUUGCAGUAUAAACAUACACCUGAGUGCCAGGUACCUCCUCAAUGAAAACUGGUUCGAAAUGAAGUGGGGUCACAAUGUGUCCGAGUUCCAGCUGAGGUUUGACGAGGAGCUGACAGAAGGGGAGGGGCCGAAGAGGCUACGCAACCUCUACUUCCUGUACCUCAUUGAGCUGCGUGCUCUGGCCAAGAUUCUACCAUAUUUUGAACGUUCCACCUUCCAUUUGUACACCGGCCAGCCGACACAAGACAACGAGAACAAGAAACUGCUUUUAGAGCUCCUCCAUGUGGCCAAAUCCUUUCCAUUGCAUUUUGACGAGACUGCUCUGUUUGCUGGAAAUAAGAAGGAAGCCAUGCAACUAAAGGAAGACUUCAAGCGCACCUUUAAGAACAUCUCGCGUAUCAUGGAUUGUGUCGAAUGCUUUAAAUGCAGACUUUGGGGCAAACUGCAGACCCAGGGCCUGGGAACCGCACUGAAAAUCCUGUUCUCGGAAAGGCAAAUCGAGGCCAUGCCCAACACAAGCAACACCAAUCCAUCAUUUCAGCUCAGCCGGCAGGAAAUUGUGUCUUUGUUUAAUGCCUUUGGAAGGAUCUCAACGAGUGUUAGAGAGUUGAAGAACUUCCGGUCGCUGUUGUCAAAGCUCAAACAGUGACAGUCCAUCCUCUGGCAACAGUCAAGGGCUUGAUGUCUAUUAUCACAUGAAAUGACGGAAUUAUAUUCUUUUGGGUUGAUAAAUAACUGUUUUCAGAAUGAUGUUUUAUAACAGCUGUUGAUAAAUACAGUUUAACAGCUCUUGCACUGUUUAACCCAAAAGAAUUGAGCACUUUAGUCGCAAAACUGUAAUGUUAGGGCUAAUUUUACACUGUUCAAUGUUUUUGUAUUACAAGUAACAAGUUUCCUCUUGGAAACUCAAUGGAAAUACAUAAAUAUACCUUAAAUGGUUUACAAGAGGGAGAAAUGUUGCAUUUUAUGAAGUUAAGCUGGCAUUUCAUUAUAGGUGUAAAUUUUUUAGGGGGGGUAAAGAUGUGGUUAUAAUUGUGGUGUAGUCAUUCCUGAAUAUGACAGAUUUUUUGAGCAUCUUGACUACAUUUAAGAUCAAUGUUUUAUUUUGGACAUCAUUUUUCAUUCACUGUAAAAAAAUAUUUUCAAGAUUUGUUAUCACAACAUAUUUUCUUUUGUCAAAUCAACUUUAUAAUAAUUUAUUUAGUUGAGAUAACUUAUUAUUUUGAGUUUCUGAUGAUUAAAUUAAUCUCCUUCAUUGUAUGAACUCACUUUUUCCAGUUCAAUCAACUUAAAAUUAGGGCAACCCAGCUUACUUACUUUUUUAAGUUAAACCAACAAUAGUUUUUUUCAGUGUAGUAAUCACAACAUUUGUUCUUUUGACACUUUUAAUGUGUACACUCGAUCCAUAUUGUUCCUUGGCAAUCAAACCCUUGGUAUUGUUAGUUCCAUGAUCUUCCAGUUGAGAUGUAAUGCUACUGACAAAGGCUUGGCAUUACAUGCUAAAACUGCUGAAUAUGCAAAGUGCUGAAUCAAACAUUAAAUACACAGCUGGCGAUCUUAAGAGGUGGACCCAAGAUUCAUAGGCUCCUCAUUUAAGCUGUUCCAUGAGACUCAGUGAGAUCUAACCACUACAAAUUCAAUUGUGGCCUGCAGUUCAGCCAAGAAACGAAAACACAAUUAGGUUAAGACAUUUAUCAAGACAAAUGAAUGCUAGUAUUUUGAAUGGAAAACACAGAGGGAAAGAAAGAAACACUUUAGAUCUGGAGUUGAAAAACAUGUAUGCAUAGAUACA